AUGGAAGCAUUUGGUCUUCUCCCAAGUCCACCGAUAUCAGAGUCAAGACCCGCCAGCGCGGGGCCCGAGUCUUCAUACUUUGACUCCAGGUCAUCCUCCGAAUCAGACGACUCCAAGGAUGAGGUCGAGACAGAAACUGAGCCUAAAAAUGUGACUGAGACCAAGGCCAAGACCUCGCGAGAUGAGGAAACAGCCCCGGCUGCCUUAUCUGACGAGAAAAAGACUAGCUACCAAGCCUAUCGACCUCAUGACUGGAAGGAACAGCCGCGAACAGACGUGAUGAAUGUUCACGAAGCACAUUCGGAGUUUGUCCGACAGUGUGAGUCCAACGAGGAAGUGGAAUUGAAAGGACCGGAUAAUUCAUCGAUUCCGAUCACGUCUCCGAAAUCAGUCUACAGUGAGAAGAACUUCCCGCCAGGGAGCUCACCGCGACCUCAACGUCCCAGAACUGCAACAGUUUCAAGUGAAGCCAGCUGGGUGCCGAGUAACUUCUCUUACUGUGAGCGCUGGUUACAAAACGUGCCCGUUGAUAGGGUAGAUGACAAGGAUACACCUCCACGCGUUGUCAACCGGCGAAAGGUCCAAAUUGUUGAAAAUGAUCCACCGAUGCCAAAGCUGGAUAUCAUCCCAGGUGCUAAAGCUCUAGAAGAGCCUGUGCGCUUCGUUGUUGCUAGCAAAACGAAACCAAAACUUGUUGACAUCGCUCGACAAUCUUCACCAUCAAUACCGUUACCUCCACCUCCAUCUCUGCUGCCACAGCCUGUACCCACAACACCAGAUCAACGCCAAGAGGAAGUGUCUGCCUUUAGCCCAGACACUCCACUCGACAUGUCUGACAGUGGAUAUGGUACCCGUGAUUCUGGUUAUUCAAUAGAGAGUUACGAUGACAACAAAGAUUAUGACGACGCCUAUACAGAUCCAGGGUCACUGACCUCGGACAGCGUUACGUCUACCGUCGUCUGCGAAAGACCCGAAUCUUCGCACGAAGAACGAGAAGCAUUCCCACAUCCCGAAAUUAGGUCGGGCAGUGUAAGCCCCAAAGCGUCAUCCCAACGGUCACUCCAUUCACCGGUGGGAUCAUCCAACAUGUCUGACAAAGAGGACGAGAAGCAACGAUUAUGGCACCACGAGUGGACCUUGGACGAUCACGAAUGGACUCUUGAUGAGCUGGAUCAUUCCGUGAAAGACUUCCCUCGACACAUGCUUCGCCUCACCUCGCCUGUCAUUGUAUUCCUUCGCAAAAACGACGAGAAGGCUCUACUAAGACCGUUCCGCACUAUUUUCCCCGAUGUCACCGAAAAUCUCCUCGACUGUCUCUGCGCUGCUCUCCUAGCACGCAACUAUCUUCUUUCUCUAUCAUCUAUCCACCGCCGCAAACCCUCCGUUUCGAACAGGAACGAGUCCUACGCUGUCGAUGCCGUACCAACAAAAGCCUACAGCACAUUAGGGAUUCAGAUUCCCUCUGGGUCUCCUGCCAAAAUGAAUAACCGUGUCCUUGGAUCUCGCAGUACUGCCCUCCGCCGUGAGCUGGAGCGAAUCAUUGACAACCUUCUCUUCGCCAUAUGUGGACGGUCCGACCCUACCCUCAAAUCGGCCGUCGAAGUUCUUGUACAGGUUCUUGAAACCAAUGCAUAG